UUCCCCCACAACUCGCGUAACAAAGGACAAGCUCUUGGCAACAUCAGUCCACGGACUCGGAAACCAGUUUGGGGCCAUCAAUCUACUACUUUUCUGGAAAACGGAGCAGGCGGUAGCAGCAGUUGAUAACACAACCGCACUUCAGCGGGAUCGGGCCGCCUGAGUUCCCCGCCAAGCCUCGUGUUGAUUGAUCUCGCGAGAUGAUGGGUCCUCGGAAGACACAAACCUCCCCCUUAGUAAGCGCCGAGGUUUUGCUGUCAAAUUCCGGGAGUGCGGAAGUGGCUCUGUGGUACCGCCUGUAAUCGCCCAGAAGUCAACCCCUUUUCUACGCGGAAAGCUAGGCUCCGACCGCUAUGGAUGGACAGCAAGGGCAACAAAGUCACGGAACGUUGACACUCGCCCAAGCUCACUUCAAGAAGGGCGAAUACGCGGAAGCCGAGGCGCUGUACUCCGCUUACAUUCGCCAGUGCGCCUGUGCAGGCCCCGUGGGAGCGGCGCCCGGGAGCAAAUGCAGCCCUGAGGAUUUGGCUACUGCAUAUAACAACAGGGGGCAAAUCAAGUACUUCAGGGUUGAUUUUUAUGAAGCCAUGGAUGACUACACGUCUGCCAUACAAGUCCAACCCACUUUUGAAGUACCGUAUUACAACAGAGGGUUGAUACUGUAUAGGCUGGGAUACUUUGAUGAUGCUUUGGAAGAUUUCAAGAAAGUAUUAGACUUAAAUCCUGGAUUUCAAGAUGCUACUUUGAGCUUAAAACAGACAAUUCUAGACAAAGAAGAUAAACGAAGAAGAAAUUAUUGAAAAAAAUUAUUGCAAGUUUUAACAAUUAAAAUAUUGACUCAUGAUCCUUAUAA